CUAAAUGAUGGAGAAAGUAUUCGCUCGCUGUAGCCACGAACAGGAUUACUCGAUCCACACCACUGACGGGGGGCAGCAUAUAAGUUUCCUUUGCCGCAAUGCUCGAUCCACCACUCGUUGGGAGCAACACAUCAGGUUAUGGAGUGCUCGUCGUCAAAGUCUGAUAGUAACUUGUGCGAAUGCGCUCGCCAAGACUUCUACUGACUUUGUAGGAGGUCAGAGUCGAGCGUUUUCGAGCGAGCGAGCGAGAGAGCUAAACUUCUCCAUAGAAUUUCCCUCGCUGGCCUAUUUAAUCCCCUGUGCUUGAGAGUGUCCCCGCGCAACACUUCCAGUGCCUGUACUGUAUAGAUUUUGUGGUCGAUUCUCUAUGACGAGCUAAUGCGCAGCAGCUGGCGAUGGAUGUUUCAGCUGUUCUUCGGAGAUUGGCGAAGAAGAGACCGUGUUACUACCACCUCCACAUCCUCUACUUCGUCGGCCUCAGCCUGCUCGGGGCUCUCCUCCUCCGGAGCUUUGGAACGAGAGAAGGAUCCACGCAUAGCCACCUUAGCUUCCUGGACUGCUUCUACACGGCUGUGUCGGCGAUGUGCCUCAGCGGACUCUCGAGUAUUCAGAUCGAGGACAUUCCAGCGCCUGGCCAGGUGCUUGUCAUGGUGCUGAUGGUCCUGGGAGGCCAGGUUUUGUCAUUGGUUGUCCCGCUGCUUGUCAAGAAGCACAGGUACUGCAAGAUAGCCAGGAUGGCAUUGAGGCCCCGAGUAAAGAGCAAGAGCCUGUUUGAGUCGUUGUAUAGAACUCUCUGCUUGCGAUCCAAUGACGACCUCUGGCUGGAGUCCUUGGCUUUCAGGCCAAACCUUCCCGAGUCUUUCAAAGUUGUCUUCCUUGAGCACCAAGCCAUUUGUCACCUGGCUGACAUUGUUGUGUGGUACUUGCUGGCUGUUCACUUGCUCGGUUUCGUCGUUGCAUGGAUUUCCAUCCAGUGCUCUUCAAACGCCAAGUCGGUUCUUGAGAGCAAGACAAUCAACCCGGGCUUCUUCGCGCUCUUUGCAACCAUCUCGGCUUUCAACAACGUCGGCUUCGUGCUUACGAACGAAAACUUAGUCGCCUUCAACACGAACAGCGUUUUGCUUCUCGACCUCGGCCUCGUCAUUCUGCUCGGUAACACCCUGUUCCCUGUUGCCUUGCGAGGAAUUCUAUGGCUGGUCCACCGCUACACCACAGGAACGAAGAAGGAAGUCUACACGCUCCUGCUAGAGCAUCCCAGAAAAUACUACUUACACCUGUUCCCCAAAACUGCAACGCUGUGGCUGUUACUGGCCGUCACAGGUUCCAAUGCAUUAGGGGGCCUCAUCUUCUGCGCACUGGACUGGAACAACGAGGCGCUUGAUGGACUACGCCCUGGUGAGAAGCUUGUCAAUGGUCUCUUCCAGGCGUUCAGCACGCGCAGUGGUGGUAUGAACUCGUUGAACCUCGUGGAGCUCUCGCAAGCCAUGCUCUUCUUCUACUGCGUUAUGAUGUAUAUCAAGCCGUACCCUGUGUUGCUGAGAGGAGAACAGAGCAGAGAAGAUGAUACCACACUAUUGACACAGUCCAGACGAAACCUUGCAAACGACAACACCUUCCUGUUCCUUCUUGUGGUCUUCAUCAGCAUCUCUCUCAACAGCCAAAUGGAAAAGGAUCCCCGGAACUUCAACCUGUUCGCCAUACUCUUCGAAGUUGCAAGUGCCUACGGAUGCGUCGGCUUGACUCUUGGAUACAGCUGCAACUUGAGGCUCCAACCGGGCCAUUGCAAGGACACCACGCUCAGCUUCUCAGGAACUUGGAACGCCCCAGGAAAAAUGUUUAUCAUCGCUGUCAUGUUCAUUGGCCGCCACCGUGACCUUCCCCACCACAUUGAUUCCACAACCGACAUGGAAAAAAUAUCCAGACUGUCGAGAAGGCCAAGCUUCAUAGCUCUGACUCAGCCACCUGUUGUAGUACCAGAAUCUACUCCUCCUGUUUGAAAGUCUUGCUAAAGUUGAGUCUUCCACAUUUACAUGCCCAUACU